AUGGCCGAGACAGUGGAGCGGCAAGUGGCUGGAACACAAGUUCGUACUACUUCGAUCCAAUUUUACGGGUGCAAAAAUCGAGUAGGCUUUUCAUUCGUCUUUACAUCUGAUUCGUUCUGUUCGGUCUUCUAUUUGACACAAAUGUUGCUGCUCUCCUUUGAAUUAUUCGAUUUCAAUUUCAGAUCACAGCAGAUCUCAAGGACCUGGGUUAUUGAUGAUUUCGACGUGGGUCGUCCUCUAGGGAGAGGGAAAUUUGGGUCCGUGUUCCUUGCCCGUUCGAAAGAAGAGAAGGUCGUUGUCGCAUUAAAGGCACAUAUCUUAGCACCAUUGUGGUUACCUCAGCAUCAUUAUAGUGGUAUUCCAAUGUGGUUUUUCAGUCGCACUAUUCAGGUUCUCUUCAAGGACCAGCUUAAGAAGCACAAUGUGAUGCAUCAGGUGAAACGUGAGAUUGAAAUACAAUAUCAUCUAAAGCAUCCUAAUAUUCUACGGCUGAAGGGCUAUUUUCAUGACCAACAACGAGUGUACAUUAUUUUGGAGUUUGCCGAAGGUGGGGAGCUACACAGUCGUAUGAAGAAGAAAGGGAAGUUAGAUGAGCACGAAGCAGCCAAAUACGUUCGUCAGUUGGCGGAUGCUCUGAGCUAUUGUCAUGCGAAACGAGUCAUUCACCGUGAUAUAAAGCCGGAGAAUAUCCUUCUUGAUAAGAACAGAAAUUUAAAGGCAAGAUAUAACACAUGUUUAAUUGCCGACUUCGGUUGGGCUGUCGUAUCUGCUCAUUCACGCCGUGAGACCAUUUGUGGUACCUUGGAUUACUUGCCUCCAGAAAUGAUAAAUGGCGACACCUAUGACCACACUGUUGAUAAUUGGGCGAUUGGCGUUCUUUUAUUCGAAAUGCUCGUAGGACGACCACCGUUUGAAUUUCGUGACAAGAGUGAAACAUUUUCAGCAAUUAUGACUUGUAGUCUUGUGAUUCCAAGAUGUGUGAGCGAGGGCCCGAGUGAAUUGAUAAGACGUCUGGUCGUGAAAGAACCAAGUAUGAGGUUAUCCCUUUCUGGAGUAUUAAGUCAUCGGUGGGUGGUAAGCAUGUCUACGGCGGUUACACUCGGCACGCAGAAUCUCGCACCUUCACUUCUAAAUACUCUCUAA